GGGGCAUGUCGAGCUUUCUUAAACUCACAAUGGCGAACUACGAAGCCCUGAGGAGCAACCCCUUCCCAGUCAUUGAUGGGAUUCCACUUACUGUCCAGAAUGCUUUUCACGUGGUUUGCUCACUCGGGAUCAACUUUAUCUGGGUAGAUGCAUUAUGCAUCAUUCAGGAUGAUGACGAAGACAAGGAGCGCGAAAUCGGGAUAAUGGACAGUAUCUACCGCAACUCCGUGCUAACGGUCUGUGCUGCCUCUGGCUCCAGCAACGAUGGAAUAUCAGGAGUAGACGGUGUCAAACGCCAUCCGGGGCAGACACGUGCUGUUAUCAAUCAAUUCCAAGUCACCGCUCUCCAUCCCGUAGCAGACCUAAUCGCAGCGACGACUUGGGAUUCCCGGGGCUGGACAUUGCAGGAGCGACUAUUAUCCCGUCGGUGUGUUGUUUUCACCCCGACCGAAACCAUCUGGCAAUGCCAAGAGGCGACCUGGCGCGAAUCUAUCUCCCUACCUUUCGACCGUGGGCUCUGGACGCUGGACUUCAUCCAUUCGCCGUAUAAGGGGAUGCAUGAGAACCCGUUACGACGGUAUUCGUCGUGCGUUGAAAUCUACAGUGGCCGAAUCUUGACGUUUUCCGGGGAUAGGCUACUAGCUUUCAACGGUCUUGGGCAGGAUUUGGCCCUUGGGCUCAAUUCGGACCUCCUUUGGGGUCUUCCCCGACGGUAUUUUGACUGGGCGGUGCUGUGGGAACCCAGGGCGGCCGGUCCACGACUUCAGGAUCUUAGCAACUUCCCCAGCUGGGGAUGGUGUGGAAGCGAGCAUGCGGUUCAAUGGCGUCUGUCAUCAUUGAGCGGGGCUCUAUUCGACUUGCACUCCUGGUUGAUGACUCGCACUUGGGUCGUGUGGCGCUCUGCUGAGCGUGGCAGCUGGAAACUUGUUUGGGACAGCGAGCAACAAUCAUCCGACUUCGCCCAUCGUGGAAGAUGGGAGGGAUAUCUUUCCGAAAACCCUUCUCCCUAUGGCAGGUCCUCCUUCCAUGUCAAUGGAAACAUUGGCGACUUCUACGACCCCGAGAACACGGACGCACCUAACCCUAUGAACGCACCGAGCCUCCCACCCUCCAAGGAGACCCAAUUAGCCUUUACCACCUUCACAGGGUUCUUCCAUCUAUCAGAGGAAAGCCUAUCCACUGCGACCUUUUCAUCCCAACUCGGCCCAGGCCUUCGCCGCUUCGGAAUUGUGAACCGGGUUGGCGACUGGUGCGGAACUGUGGUUCUGGGCGAGGAGGAAUGGACACCCCGUGUCGGAGGACUGUUUGAGUUCGCGGCCAUUUCAACGGCGAGGGACUUUUCCAUGGAGGAAAUGGACACGUGGAAUUACUAUAUCCCGGAUGAACGGGACCAGAGUGAUUGGUAUUGCUAUUAUGCGCUUAUGAUCAGGCCGGUCAAGACCGUCGAGGAUGAGUUGUUUGAGAGAGUUGGGUUGGCAAAGAUUUUCCGGUCGGCUUUUCUGUCGGGAUCAGUUGGAGGGUUUACAUGGAAGACGGUACUUUUGCAGUAGCUAUUGACAUGAUAGGUCUACUUGGUUGAUCGUGUCACUAGUACUGUAUCUGCCCUACCAUGGCUGGCCCGCUGACAGUCAACUCCUUUUCCAAUGUACGGGCAGAUUCCGAUUUCAUCACGACCCAGGUCAUUUCUAUUCGUUGUUUAAUGCUAACAUGAUAGACUGCUGAAUACUGACGCCUGCCUAUAUGAACGAUGUGUCAGAGACCAUGGUAAUUCUCAC